AUGAGUAAAGCUUUUGAAUCUCCUAAAUUAAUUUGGUGGAUUAUUAUUCCUACGUGUAUAGUCCAUCUAUUUCUUAUGGCGCAUUGGCCGUAUCCAAUACCUUUUCGGUAUUUGGGUCUAUUUGGUGAUUUCUGUUAUUAUUUAAUAUCUAAUUAUCGUAUUUUAUUAUGUCUUAUUCUAUGGGCUACUGUAAUUGCACACUUAUUUGAAGCAAUAGCUGCACGUCAAAUAUGUUCACAAUUGAACAUCGAUCAAGAUUCAACAUAUUUAUGGAUGAUACAAACGUUUAUCUUAGGAUAUCCUUCGUUGAGUAUUCUACAAGGAUAUAAACGUCGAGGGUUAUGGUAA